GGCCUUUUGUCGAUAGUCGCAAUCCGCCAUGUCUGAAAAAUCUAACGACACCACAUCUGUCGUAAAUACGUCUACAUUGGACGGUUUUGAUACUGAUAAUGAGGGAGAUGAAGAUAUCCACUUCUGUAAAAAAUGUCGUAUCAUGUUUACAAGCUUGGAGGAAUACCUUCAGCACAAAGUCAAACACGACAACUUCAAGGUUACAUUUUCACGCUCUGGUCACGAUAGGCGAAUGAUUGUCCCAAAACUGAUUCAGAAACAAACGGGUAUCUCUGUGGAGAAUGAAGACAAUCGGACUGGAACGGAAGGGUCGGAGAAAGAAAACACUGGUACAAGAAAAAAGAAAAGAGGUCGGAAGAGAAAGACGAAGGAUUCUGUGAAAGAGGUUAACCAGGAAUUAGUAAUAACAGACAAGCCAGCAUACUACUGUCCUAAAUGUGACAUCAAAUUUAACAGAGAGGCAACUUUAAGGAGACAUGUAGAGUAUGUGCACGACUCCACUGGAGACUACACGACCAAUGUGGGAGAGGAAGAAGGGGAGGGGGAAGAAGUUGAAGCUAAUAUAGGACGUGUGGUCAAACGGGACGAACCAGGGGAAGAUAACUGUGAGGAUCCAGACUACAAACAAGUGAAAUCCAGCACAAUAGCAACAGAUGUUGAACGGCGAUUUGAAUGUCACAUCUGUCAGAAUAGAUUCAAAGAGAUAAAUAUUUUGAAAAGCCAUCUUCUGACUCACAGCAACAAGAGGGAUUUUCCCUGUGGUAUAGAGGGCUGUGUUUUUGCCUUUAAAACAAAAGGCUCCCUGAAACGCCAUAUGAGGAGGCAUACAGGUAUUGUUUUUGGACAAAUCUAGCUCACCUUGCACAAACUUCAGAAAGGUUGUGG